GAGGAGCCUAAGCGUUAAACCCAUGGCCUCUCUUUUUUCCUCUUCCUUGUCUCAGUCUCUCCCUGAUUCCCUCAUGAACUCCUACUUCAAGCUCUUCGUCUCCCUCCUCGCCUUCUCCUUCUCUUUCGUCUUCAUCCUCAAACUCUUCAAAUUCAGGCCAAACAUUGCCAUCCGGCCCAAAACCCUCAAACUCCCACCAGGCCCAAAAGGCUGGCCCAUAGUCGGAAACCUCUUUCAAGUGGCCCGAUCCGGCAAGCCCUUUAUCCACUAUGUCCGCGACGUGGGCUCCGUCUACGGCCCAAUAUUCACCCUUCGAAUGGGCUCUCGAACUCUCAUCAUCGUCACUAACGCGAAUUUAGCCCAUGAGGCCCUUAUCGCCAAGGGCCCAACGUUUGCCAGUCGGCCUGCCGAGAACCCGACCCGCACCAUUUUCAGCUCCAACAAAUUUACAGUGAAUUCUGCGGCUUAUGGGCCGGAGUGGCGAUCAUUACGGCGAAAUAUGGUGUCGGGCAUGCUGAGCUCAGCCCGGUUGAAACAGUUUAGGCCCGCGAGGGAGUCGGCGAUGGAUCGGUUCAUUGAUCGGAUUCGGAACGAGGCCCAGGCCCACGAUGGUGCGGUUUGGGUACUGAAGAACGCUAGGUUUGCGGUGUUUUGCAUCCUUCUUGCUAUGUGCUUUGGCCUUCAUCUUGAUGAGGAGAGUAUAAUCAAGAUUGAUCAGCUGAUGAAGAAAGUCCUAAUCACUCUGACGCCAAGAAUGGACGACUACCUCCCCCUCCUCCGACCUUUCUUCUCCAAACAAUUCAAAAAUGCUCUCCAAAUCCGCAGGGAACAAAUCCAAACCCUAGUCCCCCUCAUCAAGAAGCGCCAAUCCAUCCUCCAAAACCCUAAUCUCGAUCCCGACGCCCUCCCCUUUUCCUACUCGAUCCUCUUCGACCUCAAGGUCGGCCGCGACUCUGCGCCCACCGACAUCGAGCUCGCCACCUCGCUCGAGUUCCUCAAUGCGCACCGACCCACCGCCACCGCAGUUGAGUGGGCCGUCGGCCGACUCAUUGAGAACCCAAACGUCCGUCUAAACUCUACGAUGAUAUUUCCUCCACGUAGGGACAGGCCUGUCGACGAGAAGGACACGGAAAAGAUGCCGUACCUGCAGCAUUUGUCAAGGAGGUCUGCGUAAACACCCGCAACAUACUUUGCGUACGCACGCGGCAAGCGAGCGGCGUGCCAAGCUUGGCGGGUAUUUGACAUACCCUUCCGAGCGAUUGAGUUUUACCUGCCGACCAUAGCGGAAGACCCGAAACUUUGGUCCGACCCGGAGAGGUUUGAGCCUGAUAGGUUCUUAACGGGCGGGGAGAAUGCGGAUAUAACAGGCGUAACGGAGAUACGGAUGAUACCAUUUGGAGCAGGUCGGAGGAUAUGCCCAGGUCUGGCGAUGGGGAUGACGCACAUUACGCUGAUGGUGGCUGGGAUGGUUCAGGCGUUGUGGCGGGCAACACCCGACUCAACCGUUUUAUCCGACUCAGCCGAUAAGCUCGAGUUCACUGUCGUUAUGAAAACCCCGCUGUUGGCUAUGGUUAGGCCAAGGAAGUCUUGAUUGGAUUCGGAUCCGAUAAUCGGUUCGGGUAUCUAUUUGUGGUUUGGUUUGUAGUUUUGUGCUGCUGGGAUGUGGCUCAAACAUAUAUAAACAUAAAAAAGCCGGAAUUGAUGGCUGAUAAAGAUAAAGAGUUUAAUUAGAUGUUC